AUGCCGAACUUGCUCCUUGCGUGCUUCGUACUUGGGAGAAGUAUCUUCAUCCCGUUAUUCAUUUGCACGAGUCUCUAUCCUACUGUUAAGCCUUUCUAUUGGGAUUGGUUCAAGCAUGUGGACAUGGCUCUCUUUGCUUUGACUAAUGGGAUGGGCUGUACCAUUUCGAUGGUAAAGGGUCCUUCUCGUGUAAGUCAGGAUAAGGCCGAGCAAGAGGUUGCAGGGUAUACCAUGGCCUUCGCUUUGAUCUUUGGUAUUUUGUGCGGCAGCGUGUUUGGCCUUUGUGCUAAUAUCGGUUUGGGUCAAUAG